AUGAGCGCCAACGACGAUUCCACAAAUGACACCAAUUUUGUUGUCUCUGAUAACAAAAGACCAGGUGUCAACGCAUACGAUAUCAACUACAAGUACUCACCCGGAGAUAAAGUCUAUCUUGUGACUUCUGGAGGAAAGGAAGGCCCCUAUAAAGUAGAAUCGGCCGAUGGCGGGAAUUACGUUCUAUGCGAUGAUUAUGGUAUCACUGCAAAUGGUGGAAGGUCGUAUCUGGAGGAUCAGCUUGAGCUGUAUGAUCCUUUUGCGUAA